AUGGAGAGUCGAGGUGGUGCCACCAGGACUCCCGCAUCGCCGCAUAACGACACUAGCGCACCCCCAGGUCCUUCGUUGCAUAUCAAGCCUCCUCCCUUACGUACCCCUUCUCAAACUCAGAAGACGUCGCCUCUUGGUGCACGCUAUCAAUCUGCUGGGAAUUACAAUUCGGAAGAUGAGGCGUUUAUUGAAGGGCCCGAAGAGAUAAAGACCUGGCGAUCUGGAGAACAAUUCCAACAUCCACUUUCUCAAACAGACGACGACCCAUGGAUGACUUGCAAUGGCAUUGUGGGGAAAUUCGACAAGGACAUGUGUGACGUAUGGAAAGACGAAAUACAGAACCUUCUCAUAUUUGCAGGUCUCUUCUCAGCAGUGGUUACUGCAUUUACAAUUGAGUCAUACCAGCUGCUCAAGGGAAAUUCUGUAACAGCUCACUCAGAGCGGAUAAACAUCCUCUGGUUUGUCAGUUUGUCACUGAGUUUGGCGACUGUCUCGAUUGGCAUCGUUUGCAUGCAAUGGCUCCGCGAAUUUCAACGAGACGCCAACUUGCCUCCCAAGGAUUCUGUUGCCCUCCGUCAAAUGCGCUAUGAGGGUUUGCUGAAAUGGCGCGUGCCAGGCAUUCUUUCGGUGCUUCCGUUGCUCCUUCAGGGAGGUCUUGUCUUAUUUCUGGCUGGUCUCCUGGACCUAUUAUGGCAUCUGAACCACAAGGUUGCAAUUGCUGUCACUACUGUCGUCGCAGGUCCGAUGUUGUUUCUCGCUGUGACAACAGUGCUUCCCGCUUUACAAGUCAUCAUCACUCAGGAUCGCCACCUCCGUAUUGCCCAGUGUCCGUACAAGUCACCACAGUCUUGGGCAUUUUAUCGCGUCGCCAUUUUCUCGGCGCGUUUUGCCCUAUAUAUUGAUCAAUAUAUGAGAGGUCAAAACCAGCGUAUCGCUACGAAACGUGGAGUUCUGAGAUGCCUUUCCCAAGUACGCAAUUGGCUUCAGUACGAUAUUUAUUGGUGGCAACUACGCGAGGCUUUCUCUGUGAACGCCGCAGGAGAGCCCUGCUUGACGACAGAUAGCCACGAUAUAAUUGGAGGCUUAGUAUGGAUUGCAGAGGCGUCUCUGCAUAGCAUCCCUUGGCUCAGUGCCGUCCAAGCUUGUUUUCGGGAUCUCGACUCUUUGCCUGCGGUCAAAGCACUACGGCUACUGUUCCGCACCAAAGGAGAUCUUUCUGUUCCGAGCGAACUGCGCGUAGUUCGCGAUCCUGUAAUCCAUCAAGAUAUCGUUGCAGCGCAUGUGCUCUCAUACUUCCGGGAACACAAUCAUCAAUUACAUGAAUUCCUUCUGCCUCACCGCACAGAGUUGUAUGUGCGCAUCAGAAACAGCUCAGUUGGAAGCUACAACAUGAAGGACGGUGUUACAUGCCCCGUGAGCACAUUUCAUGAUGUGAAACAACUACCAAAAGAUAUAUACAUCCAAUUUUUAUACUGCUUCUCCUCAUUGCUUUCUAAGAAAGACGUGAAGCAGGAAGACAUGGACGCUGCGUGGUACAUCUUCGUCAUCAUUCUCCGUGAUCCACAAUUGCCUGACCUUGAUUCACGUCGUGCACUUGAGAGGUUUUUGGGAUCUCUUGAGCGAUGGGUGAACGAAACCGAAGGCCCUGCGAGGUUGCGUCCUGUAGAGGGUUUGGUGGACCACAUUUUAGCCUUUCACAGGAGUCGUGCCUAUGCCUUGAUUCGGGAGAGGGUGCCUGAAUGCCUCCCUCUGUUUUCUUCGGUUCUGGGGUCUUUGGAUGAUGCGGUGGUGCAGUAUGGUUUUCCUGAAUCUUUCUCUCGGAUGCCUGAUGUUGAUUAUUGGUGGGGUCUUGCGAUGGAAAUGAGGGUGGACAAUACCCCGGUCCCUGGACUUGAUAUCGUUAAUUAUACGGGCAUAGUUUGGUCGUCCAUGAGUAUAUAUACUCAGGACACCUGGUCUGCCCGCAAAUAUCAACCAGUCCUUCUUACGAUAACCAACGCGCCUGCGAGUGCCGACGUAGAAAUCCAAAGGUCAGGCUUUCAGGACUCAGGAGCACCGUCAGCUCUAAGUAAGGCUGCGACCACGGGAGGAGGUCGACGGUACCGCAGCCCUUUCAUUGACAGGAUCUGGCGUUUCAACCGUGCACAACGUUCCCCACAACUGCAGGCCAACCUUUGA